CUCGGGAUAAAGUUUCAGUGUCACUCUUAGACAAGGUAGCAUCGACUCUACGAGGGUUAAGAGUUGGUCUCUCAGUCGGCGUUUGACCUGUAAGGACUAGAUUACCCUUGUAAUGCCCAAGUUUGACGACCUUCUCACACAUCUUGGGACUGGGAGAUGGAACCUGCUCUAUGCCAUCGCUAUGGCCUAUUGGGCACUGCAGGUUCCCUACCACAGUAUGGGCGCAGCAUUCCUGACACCACACCAAGACUUCACAUGCGUUAACGCCGAUGCGGACAUUCCUCAAAACAGGUCACAAUGCACUUACAACAUAACAACUCCGGAGGGCUUGGUUAAGGAGCGAAUUUGCACUAAAUUUGCUUUUGACAACAGUACCUACGCCAGCACUAUUACUUCUGAGUUUGGCCUGGUGUGCGACUACAGCUUCCUUCGCGCGACCUUCAAGAGCGUGUAUUUUCUCGGGGCUUUGGUGGGGUCAGUCCUUAACGGUUGGAUAUCAGACAGAUACGGACGCAAGACGAUGCAUACCGCGGGAGUUCUAAUUUUCAUCGUCCUCGGGAAUUCUCUUAACUGGCUGCCCAACAUCUCGGCUAUCUUGGUUGCACGGUUUCUGAUGGGCGUCGGUCAUCCGUCUUCCAUCGAAACGGGUUACAGUCUAGUCAUGGAGACCUGUGAGCCUCGCCUAAGAUCCAUCAUCGGUAUUGUGGUGUUUUUGCCUUGGUGUUUCUCGCUUAUCACCCUCGGAGGUUAUGCAUAUCUGUUGAGGGACUGGCGGUGGCUUAUGUUCACUGUAUCUAUGCCGGGGGUCCUCUAUUUGCCUCUGCUAUGGCUAAUGGACGAAUCCCCACGGUGGCUCAUCGUCAGGGGCAGACACGCAGACGCCCUUCGUGUAAUCCGCAGGGCCUCACGUUGGAAUAAGGUUGAGCUUCCGCCGGAGGAGCAGCUGCGCGCGAUCAUGAAGGAGACGCAGGCGGAGGAAACGGAUUCCCAGCGACCCGAGGCUGAUCAUGGACUGAAGACUACCCUGAAAAACGUAGCCAAUGUAAUUGCCGUUUUGUUUAGAACAAGAAAGAUUCGGGCGAUAACACUCUGCUUGUACGCCAAUUUCUUCCUGGUGGAUUCCGUGUACUACGGUCUCUCUCUCGGAGGCGACAGGUUCGGCGUUGAUCCUUAUUCGUACAUGGCCCUAGGGGGUGUGAUGGAGACACCAGCCAACAGCAUAACGAUUCCUUUGGUGGAGAAACUGGGAAGGAGACCUUCGAAUAUCAUGUGUUUUGUUAUCAGCGGUGUCUCUCUUCUGGCUCUCGGGUUUACGCCAUCAAGUAUUAGCUGGCUGGUGACAGCACUGAUAAUGAUUGGGAAACUGGCUAUCACCGCAGCCUAUACAAUGCUUUACUUCCAUGCGAACGAGCUCUUUCCGACCGAGGUGCGACAGCGCGGCAUGAGCACGUGCACGAUGGUGGCGAAAGUCGGCUCUGUUGUAGUCCCUUUCCUGGUGGAAAUUCUGGGUUCAGUCGGAUCGUGGGUGCCCCUCGUAACCUUCGGGGGAGCCUCGUUAGUAGCAGCUGGGAUCAUGACCAGGCUGCCGGAGACUCGAGGGGUUCCCAUGAAAGACACCAUUGCGGAGCUGGAGGAUUCGGGUGUCCAUCGACCGCGCGGCAGCGUCACCUUCCUGGCCCCGAGUGAAGAAAAGAAAGACGGGCUCCUGGCUGUCCAUAGACGAUCAUCACAAUCCUCAGGGCAUCAUCUAUAGGCCAAAUAGGAUUAACGUGUUUUCCACUACUGUUUUAGUGAUGCUUUACCAUAUAAAACCUUUUCUUUUGAUGCUGUCUCUGAAGAAGUAGUAAAACCAAAGGACCAUUAGCAUUUAAAUAUACGUUUCCUUGCACUGCCCAUUGUUAUAAGUUUACAAAUCGUUCAUUGUAAAUUCUUCAUUAUGAAUCGAGGUAAUAGUUCGAAUAGGGCAACAGGGAGAUCCUUUCACUGCAAAACCUCCCUUCAUUUCGACUCUUUCAGUGUUAUUCCACUGCUGAAUGAUGUCCCCGAGUUAAAAGACCCUCUCACACUUGCACAGUGUGGUUUGUAAAUGUUAUUUUAUUCUUAGCGAAAACACAAUUCGAGAGUGUUGUAUAACAUCAAUAAAUUCCCAGAACUUGA